AGUUGGGGCAUGCUCAUUGACUUUAUCUCCACACAAAGAUUACGGAAACGCAAAACCGCAAGAGCUGAGGGGUUUCGGGAAGGUUUUUUUUUUUUUUUGUUUGUGUUCUCUCCCCUUUUGAAACCGCAAAACCGCAAGUUUAUGAGAGGGCAUGCUUACUGACUUUAUCUCCACACAAAUAGGAGAAGGGUUUCGAGAUCGCUGUGGUGAAUUAUUUUUUUUUUGUCCAUUUUGGAGGCGGUUUCCUCCCCUUUGAUGGAAUCCCAGAUUGUUUUGGAGUGAAAUGAUGAGGGUAGAAGGAUGUUUUGCUGGAGGAGAAGAGGAGGAGGAGAAGGAUGAGUUCUUUGAUUCAAGAGAAGAUGUUUCGACGUUGUAUGAUUCAUGCCGAGAUUCUUGUUCCGAUGAGAAUUUCAUCAGUAUCAGUGACUCUGUGUACCAGUUUUUGAUUGGGGAUUUGAGCUGCGUGCAAGAGCGUCGGGCAAAGUUCUUGAGAUGGAUGGGUUUGGAUCUGCUUUGCCGUGCUGAUGAAGAUUGUCUUAGUCUGGAUGGUGAAGUUGCAGCGGAUGGCGAAAUUACACCAGACAUUGGUAGAUUACAGAAUUUUGAUUACAGAAUUGCUGGUUCAGAUGACAACACAAUGCUUGGAGUGGAUGCCUCGGGGAGGUAUAAUAAUGUAAGAAGCAUUCUGAAGUUGGUUCAGACAUGAUAAAAGCAAUUAAUGAGAUUGAGAGAAGGCCUGGUCCAUCAUCUUUCCCCCAGCAAGUUAUGCAGAGAGAUGAAAACAGAUCAAACAAUUCUGAGAAGGCAGCAAGGAGGAGGAGGAUUGGAUGGUUGUGGAGAUUGGGAGCCUUGGCCUGCAUUGCAGAUAGACAUUGGGAGGAGUAUAGUUUUAAAUCUUUUUGAUUCUGACCAAAGUGGAAGUGCUGGUACUCAAAGGGUCAGGGUCCGACCAUAUAAGAAGCAAUCCAAGGAAUUCUCUGCAGUUUAUAUGUGGCAAGAUAUUAAAGCCCAUGACGGUGCAAUCUUGACCAUGAAGUUUAGCCCUGAUGGACAGUAUUCCAGUGGAGGUGAAGAUGCAGUGGUGCGUGUGUGGUGCGUGAUGGAGAGUGAACGAACAACUGAAAAUGACAUCCCCAAAGAUGAUCGCUCCUGCGUAUACUUUUCAGUUAACCAUAAAUCUGAGCUAACUCCCUUACAUGCCAAUGAUGAGGAGAAAAAGGGAAAGCUAAGGAGUAUAAGAACAUCAGAUUCAGCUUGUGUAGUGUUACCUCCAGAUGUCUUUCAAAUAUCAGAGAAGCCACUGCAUAUAUUCCAUGGGCAUGAAGGAGAUGUGUUGGAUAUUUCAUGGUCAAAGAGUAAGUAUCUACUUUCAUCAUCUGUGGACAAAACUGUCCGUCUGUGGCUAGUGGGAUGUGACAGCUGUCUCAAAGUUUUUUCUCAUAAUGAUUAUGUAACUUGCGUUCAAUUCAAUCCUGUCAAUGAGAAAUAUUUCAUCAGUGGGUCUGUAGAUGGGAAAGUCGAUCUGGGAGAUUCCAGGAUGUCGGGUUGGGACUGGACAGAUAUCAGAGAUAUAGUCACUGCAGUAUGUUACCAUCCGGAUGGAAAGGAUGGAAUAGUUGGCUCCCAUGUCAGGCGAUUGCCGCUUUUUUGACGAUAACAGGGUA